CAGCCUGUCCUGGCAAGGGACAGUCAUCGCUCAACCAGCAGGCAGAGAGAGCCCUGGACCCUCACCCCGGAUCCAGCUGCUGGACAGGACCCAGCACCACUCCCUGAGACAAUGACUAUGUUUGAAAACGUCACCCGGGCUCUGGCCAGACAGCUGAACCCUCGAGGGGACCUGACACCCCUAGACAGCCUCAUCGACUUCAAGCGCUUCCAUCCCUUCUGCCUGGUGCUGAGGAAGAGGAAGAGUACGCUCUUCUGGGGAGCGCGGUACGUCCGCACUGACUACACCCUCUUGGAUGUGCUUGAGCCCGGCAGCUCACCUUCAGAUCCAACAGAUACUGGGAGCUUUGGCUUUAAGAACAUGCUGGAUGCCCGUGUGGAGGGAGAGGUGGAUGUGCCAAAGACUGUGAAGGUGAAGGGAACUGCGGGGCUCUCCCAGAACAGCACCCUGGAGGUCCAGACACUCAGUGUGGCCCCCAAGGCCUUGGAGACCUUGCACGGGGAAAGGAAGCUGGCAGCAGACCACCCGUUCCUGAAGGAGAUGCGAGACCGAGGAGAGAACCUGUACGUGGUUAUGGAAGUGGUAGAGACGGUGCAGGAGGUCACUCUGGAGAGAGCUGGCAAGGCAGAGGGCUGCUUCUCUCUCCCCUUCUUUGCCCCGUUGGGGCUACAGGGAUCCGUAAACCACAAGGAGGCUGUAACCAUUCCCAAGGGCUGCGUCCUGGCCUUUCGAGUGAGACAGCUGAUGGUCAAAGGCAAAGAUGAGUGGGAUAUUCCACAUAUCUACAACGAUAACAUGCAAACCUUCCCUCCCGGAGAAAGGCCAGGAGAGGAGAAGUUCAUCCUUAUCCAGGCAUCUGAUAUUGGAGAUGUACACCAAGACUUCAGGACACUAAAAGAAGAGGUUCAGAGAGAGACCAAGGAAGUGGAGAAGCUGAGCCACGUAGGGCAAAGCUCCCUGCUCAGCUCCCUCAGCAAACUCCUAGGAAAGAAGAAGGAGCUCCAAGACCUUGAGCUUGCGCUUGAAGGGGCUCUCGACAAGGGACACGAAGUGACCCUGGAGGCGCUCCCGAAAGAUGUCCUGCUGUCAAAAGAGGCUACAGAUGCCAUUCUCUAUUUCCUCGGAGCUCUAACAGAGCUAAGUGAAGCCCAACAGAAGCUGCUGGUAAAAUCUGUAGAGAAAAAGAUCCUACCCCUGCAGCUUAAGCUGGUGGAGAGCACGAUGGAACAGAAUUUCCUGCAGGACAAAGAGGGUGUUUUCCCCCUGCAACCCGAGCUGCUCUCCUCCCUUGGGGAAGAGGAACUGACCCUCACGGAGGCCCUAGUGGGGCUGAGUGGCCUGGAAGUGCAGAGAUCGGGCCCCCAGUACAUGUGGGACCCAGACACCCUCCCUCGCCUCUGUGCCCUUUACGCUGGCCUCUCGCUCCUUCAGCUGCUGACCAAAGCCUCCUAACCUGCCCUUCCCAUCUACUUCAUGCUUCCCUAACACCUUUUCAACCACAUCGUGCUGUGUCCUUCGCACCCAUAGAUAUUUCAGA